AGGGCUGGCCCAGUGGGCACCGGUCAACGAAGACCAUCUAGGUCUCCUCGCAGUCAGAGGAGUCGCAGCGCGGACGUGGACUGUCUGAAGAAGUACACGGAGAGGCGAGUGGAGGAGAGAAGGCACACGGAGAUCCCGGACACGAGCAAGCUGGAUCCUUCCAGGUGGAUACCCUUACCGAAAACCAUCUCGCGGAUCCAGCCAGCGACGAAGAAGUCCCCCCAGUCGCGAGAUGAAGAGAAACGACGCUCGGUGUCGAUCGACGUCGAGGAGAAACGACGCUCGGUGACCAUCGACGUCGAAGAGAAGCGACGCUCGGUGACCAUCGACGUCGAAGAGAAGCGACGCUCGGUGACCAUCGACGUCGACGACUCGGGACUCGAUCCUAACAAGAUAAGCACCGCCACGCUGAAGAAACUGUCUCCCAUGAAAGAAGAAGAGACCAAGAGUAUCGAAAAGAGAAACAAUACGCUCACAUCGGCUACUCACAGAACUGCAGCGGGCAGGAGUCAAAGCGCGGACGUCGGCCAUGUUAAAACCGCAAAACUCGUCGAGGAACGAAGGAAUACGGAGUGCAGCGACCCACGAAUGAUCGCGACGAGGUGGCUACCGCGAAUUAACACCUCAAGGUUCCGCUACGACGCGCCUCCGUUCGCCAAGGAUAUCACGAGAUACGCCGCCGCCAAGUGGAUGACGUUUGUCAGGAAUCCCUCGCCGUCGCCGAUUCCGCGACUCAACCCGGAAAGAAAGUCGUCGUCCGCCGAAGAGGGAAGUCCCCCGACCGGGGAUUCCCCUCGCAAGUCUUUCAGGAGCGAGUCGCCCAAGUGGGAACCGAUGAGAAAGUUCUCGUCGCCGAAGAAUGAUAAAGACACUGCUCGAAAGCAAGAUGACUCCGAAGCAAAUGGAGAUCCACUGUCGACAAAGAAGUCCCCUGACUCCAAUGACCAGUCUAGCAGACUUACGGAGCGUAUGCGGGACCUGUACGACUUCAAAACGGAGAACGAGUGGCCGAAGAGGGCGACGAAUGCUCGACGAGAGAACAUGUGGAUCAGUAAGAGCAGCAGCGAAGAGGACAAGACCAAUCAGCCGGUUCGCAGGAACAGCCAGGACUUGGAGUUCAACGACAGAGUGAGCGUCAUCAAGCUGAAGGACACCAAGGUGCAGUCGGUCCACCAGGAGCUCAAGCAAGCACCAAAGAAAGAAGUGCUCCCAGGUGCUGCUGAACUAUCGACCUGCGACUACGAGGAACGGCUGAGGAAGUUCAACGAGAGGCUUAGAUAUAGCGAGGACCUGGGUUCGACAAAGCCAAAAAUAAAAGAGAGGAGGACCUACUCGGAUGACUACGACCAGAAGACUCGAAGAGCAUCGACGAAAUCAGCGCAAGCAUCGCGCACCGCGGUUGAUCAUCGUCAAAUUGAGAGAAAUAAGUCCUCUGACGCCACCUGCAAGCCCAGAGGAAGCCUUACUGAGGUGAGCCCAGGGAGGAAGGAUUCCGAUGUUAGCAACAAAUCUAGAGGAAGCUACGCUGAAAUAAGUCCACUGAAGAGGGAAUCCAACGCUAGCAACAAGUCCAAAGGAAGUUUCGAUGAAGCGAACCCUCUGAAAAGGGAAUCCAACGCUAGUAAUAAGUCUAGAGCAAGCUACGCUGAAGUAAGUCCACUGAAAAAGGAAUCGAACGCUAGCAACAAGUCCAAAGGAAGUUUCGACGAAGCGAACCCUCUGAAAAGGGAAUCCAACGCUAGUAACAAGUCCAGAGGAAGCUACGCUGAAGUGAGUCCACUGAAAAGGGAAUCCAACGCUAGUAACAAGUCCAGAGGAAGCUACGCCGAAGUAAGUCCCCUAAAGAGGGAGUCCAACGCCAGCAACAAGUCCAAAGGAAGCUUCGAUGGAGCAAGCCCUCUGAAGAGGGAGUCCAACGCCAGCAACAAGUCUAGAGAAAGCUACGAUGAAGUGAACCCAUUGAAGAGGGAUUCUCGCGCCAGUGACACCACUCACGCGGGUGUCAGCUUCUCCGUAGCGAAACGUGCUAGCGUGGACUGCAAGAGCACCAGCAAAAAGGUGGAGCUCCCCCCGCGAAGAGCUUUCAGUCAAACCGAAGAAAGACCUUCCGCCCCGGUGCCACCUGUAGAAUGGAACGAUGAUCGUUACGCGGCUGCCCGAUUGAAGCAACUCGCCGAACGCCAGAAGAGGGACAGCACGAGAUACAAAGUAUAUCUGACGUAAACAAGUGUUCCUGAGACUCGGUAGGACAUUUGCACGAAUUGUUGCCUUCCUUUUUGGGGACUAAGUCGAGCGGAGAAGAUACAGCAGUGCCUCGCGUAACGUUCGGAGUGGUCGAUUAGCAAUAUCCGAAGCAUGGGUAGAGAAUCUUGUGUACGAAGAAGAUAUCCAACUUUUGUUCUCACAGCUGUUGAGUCGAAGAAGGUAUCCCAGCAAGGUAUUCUAUCAAUAUCCGAGGUAUUACCGCGUGCAGUAUCUUGGAAUUGGGUGAAAUUCUAUCUAGUUUUCUUCUCACGACUGUCGAGUUGAAGUAAAUCGUAGUGACUCCUGAUCAUUAAUCCGAGCAAUGGAUUCUAUCAAUAUCCGAGCGUUGCUGUACACAAUUCAGUGGAGUUUUAUGUUUCCGUCGAAUAAAAGUAACCAUGAUUUGGAAGCAAAUUGCAGGUGUGUUUGGUAAAUCAGGGUCCCGUGGUUUAUUUUAUCGGACACUGUCCAUUAGUCCUGUCGUCGUAGAGGAAUUAUAAUUAUUGUUGCAUGUAACAAAACGCUCCAUUUUUCCACGUUCGAUGUAAGACUUUUGCCAGUGACUUGGAAGUUUAUAUGUCAGUGGCUCUUGUAUGAUUCAUAGCGACGUUGCUGGAUUGUAAACGACUAUCGCGGCGAAUACGUAUAAUGUCUUUCAUGAGAUUCGAUGAAUAUUGGGUGUGUUGUAUCGGUGAUGUUUUGAUACCUUUUGAAUUGUUGACGCACCAUGUUGAUGGGUACACUUCGUCACGCCAUGUACGGUUGCAAUUCAACGUUAAUCGCAUGAACAAUGCUACACCUAAUGCUGUACAAACGAUGUAAUACAGUGUAACUAAUAAAAUAUUCUUUGAGAAAAAUGCGAGUUCGAUCAUCUUGAGAACACACAACAGUGCUUAAUUAGUUUGAACAGAAUCUUCAAACGUUUAAUGACGUCGCGUCUAAGAAAGCCUCCUAUUACAAAUAACCACCACUGAUAAGCCUAGUAAUCCAAUUGGCAGAACCGAGGUGUAAAAUGCAGUUAUAUUACUCUGUGUGCCCGAACUACAUAUUAGCAUGAACUAAUCAUUAGAGCAUAACAAUUUCUUAUCUACUUAUCUCGAGGAUUCUGUGAACGUUGCAUAAUAUUCUUUAAUAAAACGAUUGCUUGGGCAGAACUGAACAAAGAAAUCAUAGACGCUUCCUUAC